AUGGAGCGCAGUUCACUUUUGCUCACGUCUCACUUAGCAGCAGAAAUUUUGGGCUUCGUCAAGGGCUUCCAGGCUUCUGUUCAUUCCCAAAGACACGGGGAAAAUCUAUGUAUGUAUGAUUACAGCCAAUGGGAAAGGGAAGAAGUGCCCAAAAGGCCCAAAAUCAGAUUGCUCCUGCCACUCCCCGUAUCUUCAGGGAUGAAGAAGGAGGAAAAGAAAUCUCCGCAGAAGACCCAAUCCAAGAUUCAAGAACUGAACCAGGAGCUGACACGGGUGGACACCCGGGUACAUACCAUGCAGGAAGAGGUCAACGUCCUUCGAUCCUACAUGGACAAGGAGUAUCCCCUGAAGGCCGUCCAGAUCGCCUCCCUUCUGCGCACCAUCCGGAACCUGAACGAGGAGCAGCAGGAUGAAUUGGAAGACACCGAAGAUCUGGCCAGGCGCUUCCUGGAUACCUUAACCAAAAAAGCCAGAGACGAGCAGGAGCGCAUUCUGCAUUCUGUGGCCGAUAAAAAGCUCUUGCAGUACCAGGACGGACUGGAGCAGAUGCACCGGAACAACACGGAGCUGAGAAGACAGAUCGACGUGCAAAAGGAGGUGAUCGACGACCUGGUGGAAGAAGUGACGGAGCUGCAGAAGAGCAUCAUCACCCUGCAUCACUCCCUGGAGGAUCCCUACAACAUCAUCUUCCCGGACGUCCUCCUGCGCCGGCCCAAAUGCACCCCAGACAUGGAAGUCGUUCUGGACAUCCCGACCGAUGAUUUCCCCUUGUAGUCACCCGAAAGGAAGCGGGGAGCACACACCUUGACUGCCAAAACCUCCUUGGCCUCCAUUGUCGGUUGAGUUCGGCUGUGUUUGACCCGGAUUGGG